CCUUCCAUCAGGUCCCCCCCACGGCCACCAUCAACCAGCAGGACCUGACGGACGCCCUGCGCGAUGCCCCACGGCUGCCCCACGGCGCCCCACAGCCCCCAGAGGAGGCCCCACCGCCCCCACCGCCCCCUCCGGUCUCCAUGUACCUGUUCCCAGGCGAGGGGGGGCCCCGGCCCCAUGGCUGCCCCAUAGCGGCUGCCCCGGCCCCCCCUGUGCCCCCCCCAGCCCCACUGGGGGGCAGUGGCAGCCCUGAUGCUGACGGCUUCUGCAUCCUGGAGGCCCCCCCGAGCCCUGCUCCCGAGGGCUCCCCCUCCCUCCGCUGGUUGGCUCCGGGGCCGCUGCUCCUGCGGGAGGGGCACUUCGGGCCCGGGGGGGGGAGCGGCGGGGGCCGGGAUCGGCUGCGCCCCCCCCCGGGGCUCCCCCCCCCGCGGGAACGGCUCCUCCUGCGGGACGUCAGCCUGCGCUGGCAGCUCUUCGGGGGGCGGGACUUCGGCGCUGGCCACGCCCCCGCCGCCAGGCCACGCCGCGGAGGCCACGCCCCCUCUGGCCACGCCCACUGGCGCACGCGGGGGGGGCCCGGGCGCAGGCAGGACCUGCUGAUGGAGCUGCACCUCAGCAAGGUCAGCGUCCAGCACGAGACCUACGCUGAGGAGGCGGCCGAGGCUCAGCCGUGGGGCAGCCGUGGGGCAGGCGAGGGGGCGGCCGUGGGGGGGGGCAGCAGCCGUGGGGCAGCCGUGGGGCCGGGCGAGCGCCCCACUGCCCGCCUGGUGCUGCUGGUGCAGGACCUGGAGCUGCGCGACCGCCUCGGGGGGGGGGGGGGGGAACCCCCCCUUUCCUGAGCCGACAUCCGAGGGGGGCACCCCCCCCACAGCCCCCCACGCUAUGGGUCAAGGCCCUGAGGGUGCUCCCCCAUCCGCCCCCCCCCGGGGGGGUCCCCGAGUGCUGCCUAAGGGUGGCCCUGGCACCGCUGCGCCUGCACAUUGACCAGGACGCCCUCCUCUUCCUCAGGGAUUACAUCAGCAGCUUCAUCGCACACAUGGAACCCCCCCCGGACCCCCCCCAUGGUACCGG